UUUCACGAGUGCCUGAGUACAUUUUGCCUCAAAACUCUCUAAAACAAAGCUGUUGCUUGAAACCCAUUUCAGCCUUCCCCGGAUAAAAGCUCAGGCCUCGAGCAAUGUCUCCAAGUUGUUCAUUUUUCAAUGCCCAGCAGGGAUGUUUGCAAUAAAGUUCACCAUGAUGUGCUUGAGUGGCUCUCAGCUCAUCUCCCCAGCUCCCGUCCAGGAAGUGUGCUCAGAGCAGCUGCCAGAGAGAACACAAAGAUGGGUGCCUGUGGAGAGUCCCUUCCACACUGCAGAGUGGGAGAGGCCUGGGGAAUGUCCUGAAGGGCUGCACCGUGGAGCUCACCUGCUUUGGGUGGCUGGCCCUACACUCCAGAAGUGCUAAUAUAAAGAAUCCCUGGGCCCUGUCAGGGUGGGAGUUGGGAGAAAACUUAGAAACCGUGUGGACAUUGCAGAGGAAUUGGGAAAUGACUCUCUUACAUGACUAUAGUACGGAGCGGGGGGGGGGGGAGGAACUCCAGGUCCCGAACUCAAAGUCCAGUGCCUUUCCGCAUCAGGGUGUCCACUGUUCAGUUUCCACAAAGUGGUGGCCUUUGGAGUCAACUUUUCCUCAAGGGGGCAAGGAAUUGUUUCGGUGCCUUAACCAGGAGUCUUUUUCAGUGUAUGGUCAGUGUGGAGCCAUCCUUCUAAACUUCCCUUUCCUUCCCCAACACCCUGCCAUCCUAGGAGCUGUACUGCUAUGAUAGCAGGGGUGAAGCAGGUCUCCCAAGAGAUUGGUGGCAACCACUGAGGUUCUUAACCCUCGUCACCCUUGGCCAAUUUCCUAACAGUCCUCUCUUCUGAUGACACAAAACCCCGAUGCUCUUUCAUAUCAUUUUGAACCUUCCCAGUAAACUGAUGUUGAUGUGCAAUAUGAAAAGAAGAAUCAAGACUUUAAAGAGGUGCUCCCAUGAUGCUCGUGCAGAUGGGGCCACAUGCCCUGAUGAGCAUGGAUUCCAAAGAACAAGGGUCUCUCAUGCAGACAGGAAAUACACAAGCCCGUGAGCAGGGCUUCCAGGCUAGCAUUGGCCAAUGAGAACUUAGAGGAAGCUGGUUGUGUGAAUGGGGGUUGGACGUCAGUGGAUAGAUGGCAGGUGCACAUCCAUUUCAUGGGGAUUGAUUUUAACCCCUAGGAAAACCAGGACUGUAGGAUGUUAGGGAGGGGAAGGUUUCCUAUCCCUUACUUCUGUCCUUAGUCCCAUUAAUUUCAGAUACUCAAUUCUGUAUAUUUGGCGCCUCCAAAUUCCAUAUCACCCAAAGAGCCUCUAGACACCGUGUGUGUAUGUGUGUGUGUGUGUGUGUGUGCACGUGCGUGCGCAGGCAAAUGAUUUUGUGGGUGAGCCAAGAUAGCACUCUUUUUUUUUUUUCAAAGUAGCACCCUUGAGUCUCCUAAUCCAAGUUCUCUUUCUCACAAGGUGACUAAUAUUGGCUGAAUAUAUUACACUGUUUGGGUGGAGAUGUCAUAUAAAGUACAGAACCCCAGCUAAAUGCAAAAUUCAAAUCAACUGGGAACAAACUUCCAGUAAAAGUUAUAUCCAAAAUAUUGCAUGGGACACAAUUAUUCUAAAAGCUGAUCCCUAUUAUCUGAAAUUCUAACUCAGUUGAGCAUCCAUUAUUUCAUAUGCUAAAUCCAGCCACCCUAUUCUACAGGGUCCUUGAAAUGUAAAGGACUGUAGAACUCCAUGUUCCCAGAAUCCAGUCUCCAGAAAUAAGGACAGGAGCCACAGUAUCAGCAUAAAGUCAAUCACUGGGCACACUCACACCUAUUUUGGAAUAUGUGUCAAAUUUAGCCACAGAAAAAAAUACAAGCAAUUUUUGAAAAUGAAAAUAGCUCACAUGUACUUUUAGUUGCAUAAUCCGUCUCUGUGAAGAUUUGAACGUCACAGAUAACACUGGUUUCCUGUGAGAAAGGGGCUUGGUACCCAGGAGUAAGAGGUGGGAGGAAGAGUCAUCACUGCAUAUUCCUUUAUGUCCUUUGACAUUGAACCACACAAAGCUAUUGAUUCUUUGAGAUAUUCCACUAAAAGAAGGAAAAAUGUUAACAGUCAAUGUUGAAUGACAGCACAGGAUGCUGGGACACAAAAAGUAGUGAUUUCUGGUCCUGCAUGUGUAGGCUGCACGACCACUGUCUGAUAGGCUGGGGCUUUCCAGCAGAGGAGAGCAUUAGUAAGGCUCGUCCUGCUUGAGUCUGAGCAGCUUCCAGCAGCGGAGGGCGGCGAGGACAGAAGGACCCGUGUGCAAGCAAGCACGCAGGAUCUGCUGAGACCAUGCUAAUUUGGAACCUCAGUUCCAUGUGGCCUUCAGGACCCAUGUGUUCAUCAGAAUACAUGUUCUGAAUCUUGUUCAGAAAGUCCGGCCUCGGUUGAAGUGAGUCAAGAGCCAGGUGGGAAGCAGAGUGGGUUGAGGGACACAAACUCGGCCGAUGGAUGAAAACGGAAGCAAAGGACCACCGAGUAACGCCUCGGUGCUCGGAAUCUGGACAACUUGUAUAAAUUGCCUCCAAAGGCACACAGCAAUUGUGUUGCCCCUGUGUCAUUUGAGAGGGACUUGUGGUCCUUGCCUACCUGCCAGAGCCCUCGGGGAAUGUCUCCCCACCCCCACCCAGGGCCCUGGCCCUCGGCCCCUCCCCCGCUGCAGAAUGUCAGGAGCCCUACAUUCUGUCCCUGUUUACAUUCAAACUUUUCCCUCCUUAAUUGGAUCUUGAGCAUCUGCUGGAGCAGGUCGCUGUCUGGGACCUGGACUCGACGUUUCUCAUUGUGGUGGCUGUAGGAUACAGUGGUCGCUGCCCAAGCCUGCGGGGAUGGCCUCAGAAGGAGCAUCUCCAGUGCUGGGGCCGCAUGUGGCCAUGGACCCGGAGGCCCCCGUGUCUUCUUCGACGGCACAGCCGUUUCCCCCACCUGCUGCUGGCGCCUCGCACUGGUCACCCCGGGGGCAGCACUCGCCGCCCCACGUGACCCCGCCAUUCACGCCUGGCAGCCCCGUGGUGCUGCCCACUUUCUGCAGGACACCGCUGGUGGCAGGAGAUGCCGUCCAUGGCCCAGGUGGGACCCGGGCCUGUAACGUCAUCGUCCAGGUCAGGUCAGAGCGGGGGCCCGCAGAUGCCCCCCAGACUCAGACCGUCGUCCUCACCCAGGCCCCCGCUGGCUGGAGUCCUCCCGGGGCCCUCUGUGGGGGUGCUGCGUGUCCCACACCCCUGUUCCUGGCAACGUCGGCAGCGGGGAGCCCCGUGUCCGCCCCAGCCGUCGGGGGCACCUGGGCCGGCAAGGGAGGCUCCACCCCGGGCCUUCGACCUCAGGCUCCCCCCCCGGCUGUCCGGCUGGCCCCCGUGGUGCCCCCGGGGACCGCAGGGCCGCAGUCCCCCGCAGCUGCCAGGGAGGGCAGCCUGGCCAGCGGCCCCGCCAAGGCCUCGCCCGCGGACUCCUGUAGCCCCAAGAGUGUGUACGAGAACUUCCGGCGCUGGCAGUGCUUCAAGGUCCUGGCCCGCAGGCACCUCCCGCAGAGCCCCGACGCCGAAGCCCUCUCCUGCUUUCUCAUCCCGGUGCUUCGGUCCCUGGCCCGCCUGAAGCCCACCAUGACGCUGGAGGAGGGAGUGUGGCGGGCCGUGCAGGAGUGGCAGUGCCGAAGCAACUUUGACCGGGUCAUCUACUACGAGAUGGCAGGAAAGUUCAUGGAGUUUGAGGCAGAGGAGGAGAUACAGAUUCAGAAGCUGCAGUGGGUGAAGGUGGCCCAGGGCGCAUCUGCUCCAGCCCCACCCACGCCUGGAACGCAGGGGUCCCCAGCCCUGGAGGGGGGCCGGCAGCCAGCCUGCAUUCCCAGGAAGGCCGGCUCCAGGGCCCAGCCACCCUGCCCGCAGCCACACAGACCCCCGCAGCCCAAGGCACCCAAGGAGAUCCCCCCUGAGGCUGUGAGAGAGUACGUGGACAUCAUGGAGGGGCUGCUGGGGCCUGCCUGCUCAGCCCCGGGGGCGCUAGCGGGUGAAUGGGGACAGGACGGAGAGGAGCCACGGCAGGACGAGGACGCCAUCUACCUGGACCCGGGUCUUCUCAGCUACAUUGACAAGCUGUGUUCCCAGGAAGACUUCAUCACCAAGGUGGGCUGGCCCACAGCCUGGCGUCUGGAAGAUUCCAGGCAUUGCCACUCCGACACCCGGA